AUGCAUCCGUCGCGCCGUCAGCGCUAUUUCCGGCCGAACUCGCCGCAACACUCACUUCCAGUAAAUUCCUCGUCGGCCAGCGGCCAUCCGAACAUGAAUUCCGGAAAUCUGAACGUCCUGGAGCAAGCAGAGCUCGUCAUGGACGCAGGGGAUAAUGGUAGGCGUGAAAAUUGCUCUUUUCCGGGAGAACUAUGUGGAAAAUGCUGAAAUGUGUGUAAAAAUGACAAAGUCGCUUUUUUUUCAGAAUUCCCAGGCGACGAUCAGCGCGUGGCGCACGAGGAGAUUGUCGACGACGGCACCUCCGAGCAUCUCGUCGAGCACCACCAUCAGCACGCGCUCCGCGGCGGUCCCUCCUCCCUCCACCACCUGAAUUACGCGGCGCAGGACGAUCCGCACCGCCCGUCGUCGCAGAAUUACCGUCGGACCGUCGGCAGGUCCAUGGUCCAGCAGCAGCAGCAGCAGCAAGCCCAACCGCGCCCGCAGCAGAGUUACAAUCAAAUGGACAUGGUGCAGAAGCUGCAGCAAAAGAGCGUCUACAUGCCUCCGCAACGCUCGCACACACGAAUCUCGCCCACCGGCGCCCGAAUUGUCUCUUUCGGCGUCGCAAACGUACGGAAAAGGGGUCCAGACCAGCAGGACGGGCAACAAUUGCCGCCGGGCGUCAAAAAAUUGUCCGCGGGGAUCAGGGGACCGCCGCAGGGACCGCCAAAGAGCCUGCAGUCGGUGAAGGUGGUCCGGUUGGCGCCGACAAGCCACCGGGCCAACCCGACGGCCGCCGAGCACGCACUGCUCGAGAUUGAGGAGAAAAUCAACGAGACGAUCCAGCAGAGCAAGAUUAAUUUGGACCGAGUCAAAGAUUUACAGGUGCGCAAACGUUUUAUGGGGGAUUUUUUUAGUAUUUGUAUGGGUAAAAUGUCUAACACAAUACAAGUUCCAAGACAUUGGGACUUCUGUAAGCAACAGGAAAAAAAGUUUAAUUAAUUUCCUGAAACUGUACAUUUUAUUGAGAAAAAAGCGUUCAAUUUUCAGGAAUCGGAGAUGUCGGCAGAGGAGUACCACCAAAUGACGGGGCAUCUGCUGUGCGAGCUGGAGAGAGUCAACAACGCGAACACGUCGCUCAACAACUAUUAUCGCGAUCGGCAACGCCACGAAAAGACCGUCUACGAGGCGAGAGAGGACGCGUUCGCCGCCCGAAUCCGUCAGUUGGAAACGGAAAAUCGAAAAAUGAGGGACGCCGUGUUUAUGAUGCACAUGAACAAGUUCAGCGACGCCGGCGAGCCCGCCAUUUAUAGGAACGAGCAUAUGGUUCGUGCGAAUUUUAGAGGGAAUGUUCGCUAAAUUUUCACGUUUUUGCAGGGCGAUAUGAUGGUGGAAGAGCAGGGAGACCACGUGGUUAUGGAGGGACACGACCCGAAAACGGAAUACACUGAGACGGUACGGGAUUUUUGAAGUGUUCAAGCAUUUUGACAUUUUUUUUUUCUGCAGGAAGAAGUGCCGCCGGACUGGAUUGUCGAAGAGACGGUGGAGCACCGGAUGCACAUGCAAAGUCUCGAGACGGACGAGCAUCAACAGCUGAUAGAGCAGCACGUGGACGAGGAGGAGGAAGAGGAGGAGGAACAGGCGAAGCAGAAGAACAACCAUCUAGAGGAUCAGUUUGGCACUGCCGACCGACGGCCUACUCAAUGAGAUUGAGACCCUCUGUGCAAUUCUCGCUCCCCCAAUUUUUUGUGAAUUUUUCCAUUAAUUUGAAGCCUAAUUCUGAAUUUUCCCAUUAUUGUUUGACAAUUGCCUUUCAAAAGAAUAACUCCACCUCGCUUAAACUUCAUUCAUUUACGGGCGUCCCUUUUUUUUAAUGAAUUUUUAAAGGCAUUUUUCUGUGUCAUCCGAAAAACUGUUCUGUAUUUUGGCAGUUUUUAUUACUUGUUAACAAUUUGGAAAAUUGCUGUUUAUCGAGGAAAUUUUGCAGAAUGUCGGGAGGACUGAUUGCCGCCGGUCUCGGACUUGCCGCGGUCGGAUUCGGAGCCAGAUAUGUGCUCAGAAACCAGGCGCUCAUCAAAAAGGGCCUCGAAGCGAUUCCCGGAGCCGCCGGAGGGGUACUGUGCAUUUUUGCAAUUCUUUGUGGUGAAAAUUGAACUUUUAAUCAAUUGCCGAACAAAUGAGAUAGAAUUUGCGUUGUGAAAAAUUUGUUCUUCAGCCUGGCCUAAUUUUUACCCGGCCUUGGCCUAUAGACUUUUCAAAGCUUUCAGAACCUUUAAUGAGAGAGAGAGAGAAUUUCCCAUGGCCUAACUUUUCAGCUUUCGUGGCCUAACUUUUGCAUGGGCCCUUCCGAUCACUGGACUGAAAUGUCCAGGGACUGUGACUGAACGAAAGAAUGAGAGAAAUAGUGUGUGAUUAUUUGAUGAGACUACAUAUUUCCGCCAAAGUUAUCCGCAUUUUUGCAGUUCAGCAACUACUACCGCGGCGGUUUCGAUCAAAAAAUGACGAGAAGCGAGGCGGCGAAAAUUCUCGGAGUCACGCCGUCGGCAAAACCGCAAAAAAUCAAGGAUGCACACAAAAAAGUGAUGAUUGUCAAUCAUCCGGAUCGAGGUGAAAAAAUUUAAUACUGUAUAUAUUUUAAACAAUGUGUUGAAGAAAAUAAGUAUUAAAAGUAUUAUUCUCUCUUCACUGCGCUUCGAGAGAAUAUGUUUUUCUGCUUCCUCCCUUCGAAAAGUGUUCAUCAAACAGCCUUCAUUCGACAAGAUUAGGUUUUUUUUUUUGGAUUAGUUAGGAUUUGUAAGUAUUAAAGAUCAUUGCAUGUAAAAAGUAAUUUCAAUUUAUAGAAACAGUAAUAUAAAUUCUUGAAUGCUCAUUUUCCCAUCAUUUUUCUCUUUUUUUCUCUCUCUCUCUCUCUGCCUCACACAUCCAAAUGUGCGCUCAUUGAGCUGCAAAAUGGGAGAAUUUUUCAAAAUUUAUGCAAGGUUUUUACAGGUGGAUCCCCAUAUUUGGCAGCGAAAAUCAACGAGGCCAAAGAUUUGAUGGAGUCGACGAAAAGCUGA